CUCCGCCACCGUCAGCUUAGGCAAGCCAACAACAACGCGUCCGCCGGCAGCCUGAAAUUACUGGAAAAAGAUAUCAUAAUAUCCAUUGUCGCGAUGGAUCCAGAAGCUGUGUCCAAGGCCUUCGUUGCUCAUUACUACACGACAUUCGAUCAGAACCGGGCCGCGCUUGCCAAUCUGUACCAGGAGGCGUCCAUGCUCACCUUUGAGGGCCAGAAGUUCCAGGGCCCCCAGCAGAUCACCGCUAAGCUAACCGGCUUGCCCUUCCAGCAGUGCCAGCAUCAAGUCUCCACCGUCGAUUGCCAGCACUCGGGCCCUGCUGGUGGGAUGCUUGUUUUCGUCUCCGGCAAUCUUCAGAUCGCCGGAGAGCAGCAUCCCCUCAAGUUUAGUCAGGCAAGUUUUCAUAUUUUUUGUUCGUUAAUUUUGCAUAUGUUCCAUCUGAUGCCUACCCCUCAGGGCGGCUAUUAUGUGCUCAAUGACAUCUUCCGGUUGAACUACGCA